AAAUCUGGGACAUUAACUCUUGAAAUAGCCGAAUUGAUUGUAAAUAACUAUUCGAUAAUGGCACUUCUGACCUUUACGUGGGAUAUAGGCGUUUAAACCAUUUUACACGGUCAAGAUACCGCAGAAUAUGCCUCAAUACUCUUCAAUAUGUUCUGUGAGCUUGGUGUGUUCAAUGUUGAAAAAAAUUAUAUGUUACGUAUGGAUCACCUGGCUUUUUUCGAAUGGAGAAUCAAUAUUUUCGAGAACGCUCGAUACGAAGAAAAGUACGGGAGAUUUUGAAGUGUUUAAAAUCGGUUACAUUGAUGAAAAUCAGCGCACUAAGUGUCCAUUUCCUUUCUUUGGUGUUAAUUGUAUUUCUCAAUGUUCUUUUGAAAAGGAAAAUUGCCACCAUGUGCAUGUAUGUUCCGCCAAUACGGAAGAUUGUCCCCAUGGGUAUUUUGGAACAUCAUGUGAACAACCUUGUCGUUAUCCAAAUUAUGGCAAAGAUUGUUAGGGAGAAUGUAAAUGUA